GUCUAUGUUAAAAAUAAGAAGCGGAGCAGAUGCAGAGCCGAAGAAAGAGGGCAAUCCGGUCAAUUUUACUGGUUUAAUUGAAAAAUUGGCCCUUUUUGUUGAUUUUCGGUGAGCGUUCCACACAGCUGCGACGAGUGAUCAACUCCGAAGUGAUACGCGUACUGGUCAGCUGAUCGGUCAGGUGAAGUCAUGUCCAUUGCAGCUCGUCAGACGGCAAUCAGCUGCCCAGGUCACACCCGUCCUGUAGUUGAUAUUUCCAUCAGUGAUACCACACCCAAUCAUGGAUACUUCAUGAUUAGUGCAUGUAAAGACGGCAAGCCGAUGCUGAGGCAAGGUGAGACUGGGGAUUGGAUCGGAACCUUCGACGGCCACAAGGGGGCGGUGUGGGGUGUAGCACUCAACAAAGAAGCCACCAGGGCCGCGACAGCAGCUGCUGAUUUCUCUGCUAAAGUAUGGGAUGCUGUAUCGGGUGAAGCCUUGCAUGAUUUUUCUCAUAAACACAUUGUCAAAUCAGUGGAUUUCUCAGCGGAUAACAGCAAACUCCUGACAGCGAGUAAUGAGAAGCUCCUGAGGAUAUUUGAUCUGAAUGCCCCAGAAGCAGAGCCGCUGUUAUUCCCUGGUCAUGAGGAUCACAUCAGACAUGCUCGCUUCCUCCCUGAUACAAGGUCUAUCGUCAGCUGCUCUGAUGACAAAACUCUCAGAAUAUGGGAUAUCGCCUCAAACUCGGAGGUUAGAAAGAUUCCCCUCAGUUCCAGUAAUGUUGGUAUAGACCUGGUCCGGGAUGGUUCGGUCCUUGUAGUGACCCAUGGCAAGACAGUAUCGUUCUACAGUACAGACAGAUUUGAAGAGAUGAAAAAGUUCGACACCGAGACCCUCGUGUAUUCAGCAUCUCUCAGUCCUGAUAAGAAAACAUUUGUUUGUGGAGGAGAAGAUUUCAAGAUCUACAGGUUCUCAUACGAAGACGGAAAAGAGGAAGCUUCAUACAAAGGUCACUUCGGUCCCGUUCACUGCAUUCGAUUCUCUCCGGACGGGGAGCUGUACGCCAGCGGUUCAGAGGAUGGAACUCUGCGCCUUUGGCAGACAAACAUCGGCAAGACUUACGGACUGUGGAAGUUGGUUGGUGAAAGCGAUACUGAUGGCGUACCCGCAUGCAAUGUCACAACGGAUGCCCUGUCACCUCCGACGGUGGUCAAGGUCGAGAGCUAACUCAUCAUCCUGAAACUGGAAGGCCUAUCUUACCGGAGAGGGUCAUAGCUUUGACUGCAGCUGCUGAUCAUUCGUGGCAGUUGCAGCAGCUCGGACCCUACCAUGAUGAUGAUAUUAGAGCACCUUUUUCCAGAGGAUUCAAAGCGCAAAUAAUAUUAAAACAAUUACCCUGGGUUUCCUGCCAGCCUCAAAGAAGCCUUGAAGGUUCCACUUCAGUCACUUUAACAUGGAACAUCGCCAUCUGAGACCUGCUAGAGACUGAAAAAAAAUACAUUAACAAUAUUUUCGAUUGGCAUACAACCUGUUGAUCUUGCAAACACAUCUCAAAAGAUGUCCUUGGAUUCAGCAGAGAGUUUAGGGGUCAAAGGUCACCCACUUGUCCCCAGGGCAGUGAAAUAGGCCAUUCAGUUGGUAUUUAUCUUAGGUGUUUUGCUUGGAGCAAUUUUUUCAUUGAAAGGUCUGCCUAGUCUGCAAACACAGUCUCAUAUUUGACACUUCAACCAUGAUAAUAUGGUCUUUAUUAGGCAUCAAAACAUUCUUGGCGGCCAAUGGCUGAAUUAUGAAUGUUUGUUGUACAUGGUACAAAGAUUCACAUAUAAAUUUGACAGAACAGUAUACAAAACAUACAAAAUACAGAAUAUAUAUAUAUAUAUAUGAAAUAUGAUUAAUCAAUAAACCCAAGAAAGGGCGGACUCCAUCCAACCUUGCAAAGAUAACUAGAAAAAAGGAAACAUCUGAUUGGUGGUACAGUAUGAAGUUGAUUAAACAGUUUGAAAAACAAUAUUUAAAAAAAAGACAAAGGAGGACGAAAGCAUAUCCAUGGGCACAGUUGAGUGGGAUUGUUGGUAAUUGGAAGACCAAAUAAAUACAGGUUUAGAGUGAAGACUAGACUCCAAAUACUGUCUUUGUCAUAGUAAAUUUAGUCUCACUAAUUCAGACUCUGAAUUACAAGAACCAAGGGUCUGUGCCUUCAGACUAAGUUUUGCUGACAAUUCCUCCUUCUAAGAACAUUCUUGACUUUGUGGAAUUCAACAGCACUACAGAAGUAAAACCAAAAUUUUGAGGAAUGUCAAUAAUUAUGUUAUUGUUCACACUCCAAAGCUCAUCUUUGGAAUAUGUUAUUUAUUAUGUUACAUGCUAAAGGCAUACCUCGAGCCGAAAAUAAUGAUAUCCGAAUAAAAGAGUAAACUUCACCAAGCAAAGCGCUGAAAAUAUCAAAGUCGAAUAACAAAUAAAGAUAUUGAAUUUUAAAGUUUAGCAAUGUUUUGUGAAAACAGUUAUAUGCACUUUGUCAUGAGUAUGUAAUAGGUUGGUUGAUGAUUUUACAUCCCCACUUUUCUUUCUCUUAUGUGAUUACCUGAAAUUAUAAUUAUUUAAUACUUUCAUAUAUUUGUGUAUGAUAUGUCUCCCUGGUAACAAAAUAAGUUGUGGCAAUGAUUAUCCUACACAUCAGAUCAGUUGUCAGUCCUUUUUUUUCAUUCUUGGUGACAAAAGUAGAAAAUAUAAUGAUUUCAUUAAAAAAAAAAGAAAUUAUAAAUGGGGAUAUGAAAUCACCAGCUUGCUCAUUAAUUGUAUAUUCAAGAAGGCAUGCAUGAAACUGUUUAUAUUGUAUUCAUGUUGUAUUUAAAGAGCCUUUUUAGCUGGCUUGUGAAACAGAUGAAAUGAAAUGAAAAACUGUUCACCAGUUAAUGCAAAGCUUUAAAAUGUCCUAACAUUGUUAUACACAAUUUUCAGUGUUUGUUCGUUUAAUUUUAAAUCUGUUCAAAUAGUUUUAGUUUCAGCCUCGAGUGCUCCCUAAGUCAUGUAUUAAGCACAUAGAGACUUUGUGUAUUAUGCGCUAUAGAAAUGUAAUUUUAUUAUUAUUAUUGUGUCACAAGUACAUGUACAGCUAUAAAGGAGUUUCUCUCACAUAUUUUGGAAAAUUUGAAUUGUAAUAUUUCAAACAUGAACCUUUUUUAUACAAUUUCAUAUUCAAGUGAGCACAGAUUAUAAGAAUAUACUUUAAUAAGCCAAGUGUGAAGUAGUGGCCUCUUAGUUUUACAAAAGUCACAUUUAUAUGCUGUAUCAUUAUGCCUUUCGCAAAGCAAUGCAUUCAUGAAGCAUGAGGUCAAAAGCACUCAUGGCUUUGAACAACCUUGAAGAAUUCAUACAAGUGUUUCCUAAGGAUAGUUGAGUAUAAACAUGUGAAUGUUAUAUAACCUUUGAAUGACUAAAUCUAUAAAAUUUUUAGAUUCAUAGCUAAUGAAAGUUUAAAUUUGUCAUAAUUUGGUCACACACGUGAGUGACGUGACCAAAAAUGGCCCUACUGCAAACCUUACCCUAACAUUAAAACUUUGCUCAUUCUCUCUGAUAUGGUAUUUAUAUCAGUUUUAAUCUCGUCAAGAACAGACACCUUCUCUAAGAUGUUACGUAACAUCGUAUCUGUAUCGUUCGUACUUGCAGUACGUACCUUUUCCCGGGGCGUGGCAGUCUUGUCAGAAUUGUUCGCUUUUCCCUAUUCAACGUCACCUUUUUCCUCAGAAGUUGCUUGGCGUUGUCUGUUUAAUAGUCUGUCACUUUUACCCAUCUUCAGUUAUUUUAUGUCUCACGAUGCAGAAAAUAGACUUUUGGCCAAAAAUUCAAAGUUAAAAACGGAGCUCCAUAAAAAAUCUGCUACUUAGCUAGACAUCAAGGGCGCCCUCUCUAACCUUAAAACAUUGACGAAAUAAAGCCUCAAGAUAAUUGUCACAAGA